GUGCCGACGAUUUGGCUAACAUCAGUCAAAUGGGCAAUCAGUGUGGGGGCAAGAUAAAUCCAAGAACCAUCAAAUGGCUUCAGGUCAGGUGGCAGGUUCACAAAGACAGGGUCAGGACUCAGGAGGACUCCAAGAACCACCGAAUGGGCUCCGUAGGCCAAACCGCCACCGGCCACCGCCGCCGCGUGCUCUUCUUCUCGCUCCCGUACCAGGGCCACAUCAACCCCAUGUUCCAGCUCGCCGGCCUGCUCCACGCGCGCGGCUUCGCCGUCACCGUCUUCCACACCCACUUCAACGCGCCGGACGCGUCCCAGCACCCGGCCUACGACUUCGUCCCCGUCCAGUUCGACGGGACGCCGGCGGACAGCGCGGACACGGUGCGGGUGACCGUGGAGCACGUCCUCGCCGUGAACCGCGCGUGCGAGGCCCCGUUCCGGGAGCGCCUGGCCGCGCUGCUGGAGGAGGAGGAGGAGGAGGUCGCGUGCCUCGUCGCCGACGCGCACCUGCUCACGCUCAUGGACGUGGCACGCGGGCUCGGCGUGCCGACUCUCGCGCUCCGCACCGGCAGCGCCGCGUGCUUCCGCUGGUUCAUGGCGUUUCCCAUGCUCUGCGACAAGGGCUACCUGUCCUCUCACGUGGCAGAGUCGCAGGAGCCGGACAUGCUGGUGACGGAGCUGCCGCCGUACCGCGUCCGUGACAUGCCGUCCGCCAGCGGGGCCACCCUCGGGCUAAUGCGGGACCUGAUUUCGCGAGCGGUGACGGCCGUGAACGCCUCGUCGGGUCUCAUCAUCAACACGUUCGACGCGCUGGAGACGGACGAGCUGGCGUCGCUCCGGCGCGGCCUCGCCGUCCCGGUGUUCGACAUCGGGCCGCUGCACGUGCACUCGCCGGCGGCCUCGAGCAGCCUGCUGCGGCAGGACCGAGGGUGCCUGGACUGGCUGGACGCGCGGGGCCCCGCGUCCGUGCUCUACGUCAGCUUCGGCAGCCUGGCCAGCAUGUCCGCGGCGGACCUGGUGGAGACGGCAUGGGGCAUCGCCAACAGCGGCCGCCCUUUCCUGUGGGUGCUCCGGCCGGGCCUCGUCCGCGGCGCGCCGCCGAGUCAGCCGCCGCCGCUGCCCGACGGCUUCCACGCGGAGACGCGCGGCCGGGGCACGGUGGUGAGCUGGGCGCCGCAGGAGGAGGUCCUGGCGCACCCUGCCGUGGGCGCGUUCUGGACGCACUGCGGCUGGAACUCCACGCUGGAGGGCGUGUGCGCCGGCGUGCCGAUGCUGUGCCGCCCCUGCUUCGGCGACCAGAUGGGGAACGCCAGGUACGUGGACCACGUGUGGCGGACCGGCCUCGCGCUCCACGGCGAGCUGGAGAGGGGCAAGGUGGAGGCGGCCAUCUCGACGAUGAUGGGGGCAGGCGGGCCCGGCACGGCGCUGCGUGGGAGGGCACGGGAGCUCUGUAGAAGAGCGGCGGAGUGCAUGGCCAAGGCCGGCUCGUCCGACCUCAACGUCGACAAGCUCGUGAACCACAUCAUGUCCCUCACGGCGCGGCGGUGCCAAUAGUGACUUAAUUAUUUGAGUAACACAUGCUCAUCUGCAUAAUUAAGCCUGACUAAUCUGUUUGCUACAAAUCCACUUGCACUGGCUGUUUCAAAGUUUCAAGUUUGAUGGAGACAUGGAGCAUGGAUUAGUUACUGUUGUACACUUGUGCAUCUUCAUGUGCAUCUUCAUAUAAUAUUGUGUGUAAGCUUUGCUGA